AAACAACCAACAAAUCAAAAAUUAAUCAAAAUGAUAAAAACAAUUUUUAUUCUUGUUGCUGCAAUUGCAAUUGUUGCAGGAAGACCUGAAUCAAAGAUCCUUGGUGGACGGAAUGCAGCACUUGGUGAGAUUCCAUAUCAAGCAUCUCUUCAGUAUUGGGGAACUACUUUCCAUUUUGCAAGUGGAGUUUUACUCAAUAGUCGAUGGGUUGUUACAACUGCUCAAGGUGUGUUUGGACGUGCUGGAAACUCAGUUAAUAUUAUUCUUGGAAUCGUUCGACGUGAUGUAACAUUUACAAAUAGACAAAGCAUGGAAAUAAGGAUUCAUCCAAUGUUUGACUUUAACACACGACAUAAUGACAUUGCAGUAAUCCGAAGUGCUGCAGUUAUAGCUUUUACCACAACAAUAUCUCCUGCGACGAUUUCACCUUUAUUCUUUGAUAUCGGAGUGGUUGCAGAUGUAUCUGGAUGGGGUUCAACUAGAGAAGACAUGACCAACGAAGCCGUUAUCCUUCAGAGAGCUAGUGUUACAACUGUUGCAUGUCCUGCAUCAGAUUUUAUCACAUUCAACCCAAUGCAACACAUUUGCGCUGGAACUCCAGUAAAUAGUACUGCACCAACAGUUGGAAUCUGUACAAUUGAUGUCGGUGGACCGGUAAUGGCUGAUAAUAUGCUCAUUGCAAUCCCAUUCUUCCAUGAUCCACGAUUCUGUGGAAGAUCACCUGAUGGAUACUUGAGGAUGUCAUUCUAUAGACCAUGGAUUAUGGGAAACAUACCAUUGCCUUAAAAAUAAUAUUUAUAAAGAUU